GAGAUAUGAGCCGCACGAGCCGCCGUAGUCAGCUGCUGCAAGCAGGAAGUGUCCGAGGAGCGGGAGGAGACUGCAGGAUGGCUCCGGACCCCUGGUUCUCCACAUACGAUUCUGCUUGCCAAAUUGCACAAGAAAUUGCUGAGAAAAUUCAACAACGAAAUCAGUAUGAAAGACAUGGUGAAAGUACUACCAAGCUUACGGUGACAAUCAGAGCCUUGUUGCAGAAUGUGAAGGAAAAGAUCGCCCUUUUGAAGGACUUAUUGCUAAGAGCUGUGUCAACACAUCAGAUAACACAGCUCGAAGGAGACCGGAGACAGAACCUAUUGGAUGACCUUGUAACUCGAGAGAGACUACUUCUGGCAUCCUUUAAGAACGAGGGUGCAGAACCAGAUCUCAUCAG